AUGACUAUGGAGGAGCGCGUAGAGCUCACCCGCGCCAUGAUGCACUCAGGCACAGUGCUAAACUGGCGCAGCCUAAACCUGGGCGGCCCGGUGCUAGAUAAACACUCCACCGGCGGGGUAGGCGACAAAGUCAGCCUCAUGCUCGCGCCCAUCGUGGCCGCUUGUGGCGGCUUUGUGCCCAUGAUCUCUGGCAGAGGGCUAGGGCACACAGGCGGAACCCUGGACAAAUUUGACAGCAUAGCCGGCUAUCAAACCAGCCCCAGCGUAGAGCUGCUAGAGCGCACCGUGCGCCAAGUCGGUUGCGCCAUCAUCGGCCAAACCGCCGAUUUGGCACCAGCAGACAAGCGGUUUUACAGCAUACGCGAUGUUACCGCCACGGUAGAAUCCAUCCCGCUCAUCACCGCCUCCAUCCUCUCCAAAAAGCUCGCCGCUGGCUUAGAGGGCUUGGUCAUGGACGUAAAAACCGGCAACGGCGCCUUUGCCGCCGAGCUUGGCAUGGCCCAGGAGCUGGCAGCGUCUUUGGUCGGCGUGGCCAACCAGGCAGGCCUACCCACCCACGCGCAGAUAACCGACAUGAACCAAGUGCUAGGCAGCAGCGCAGGCAACGCCAUAGAAAUGCGCGAAGCCAUCGCCUUUUUGCAAGGAAGGGGCGCAGAUGGCGCCGCUAUAGAUGCGCGCCUGUUAGAAAUCACCCGCAGUCUCUGCGCGGACAUGCUGGUUCUGGGAAAAUUGGCCGAAAACAUGGAAACCGCCUUGCAAAAAGUUGACGCUGCCCUCUCCAGCGGCGCUGCGCUAGAGCGCUUUGCCCACAUGGUGCACGCCUUGGGCGGCCCCGCAGACCUGUGCGACCAUCCC